AUGGAAACGCGUUCUGCUGCUGUUGUUGCUGCUGCUGCUGCUGUCACCCUCGCGGUAACACCUUGGACGUGGGACGAGCAAAUUGCCCUGAAUGCGUUGGGCUUGUGCUUCAGUCACGAGGCGACAUGCGGGAAGAGUCGCGCGGAGGCGUCCCUCAGUCUGACACCAAACGGCGCGUAUGAAUGUGCGAUCGUUCCAGUGGAAAUUCGCGACGAUGAGGAGGACGGAGGAGAGCAGGCGAAGAACGAAGCCGACAACGAGGAGGUGGACGAAGAGGUGGACGAGGAAAAUGAGGAGGAGGAGGAGGAUGCCGAGGCGGUGGGGGAGAUGGUGGACGUGGGUCACUUGAAAGCACUCGCAGCUUGCAAGUGGCAAUUUCGAAUCAAUCUCCUGGUUAUUCGUUUGCUUGCAUGUGGCCUCCGGCAUGACCCACAAUCUCGUGAAUCUUGUGAGUCGAAGCGUGCACAUCAUUGCCUCUUCUCGCAUGAUUGCACCGCAACAUAA